ACGAGGUACGGGGCGGGAGUGGAGACGCGGCGCCGAGGGAGGGGGCGGGAACUGAGGCGGGGCGGAAAAGAGGCGGGGCGCGGGAAAGAGGCGGGGCGCGGGAAAGAGGCGGGGCGCGGGCGGAGGCGGGGCGCAGAGAGGUGGCGGAGGCUGGCGCGGACCUGGACUGGCUCCUGAGGACGUCGGCAGUGGCGGAGGCAAAGGCUGGCAACGCGCUGUAAGCGAGGCAGGGAAGACAUAUGCUUGUGAGACAAAGGUGUCUAUGAAACUAUGGAUGGUUCAAGAACUUCACUUGACAUCGAAGAGUACUCCGAUACUGAGGUACAGAAAAACCAAGUACUAACUCUGGAAGAAUGGCAAGACAAGUGGGUGAACGGCAAAACUGCUUUUCAUCUGGAACAAGGACAUCAGCUGUUAAAGAAGCAUUUAGAUACUUUUCUCAAAGACAAGAGUGGACUGAGGGUAUUUUUUCCUCUUUGUGGAAAAGCGGUUGAGAUGAAAUGGUUUGCAAACCGGGGACACAGUGUAAUUGGUGUGGAAAUCAGUGAACUUGGGAUACGAGAAUUUUUUACAGAGCAGAAUCUUUCUUACACAGAAGAACCAAUCACCGAAAUUCCUGGAGCCAAAGUAUUUAAGAGUUCUUCGGGGAACAUUUCAUUGUACUGUUGCAGCAUUUUUGAUUUUCCCAGGACAAAUAUUGGCAAAUUUGACAUGAUUUGGGAUAGAGGAGCAUUAGUUGCCAUUAAUCCAGGUGAUCGCAAACGCUAUGCAGAUACAAUGUUAUCCCUCCUGGGAAAGAAGUUUCAAUAUCUCCUGUGUGUUUUUUCUUAUGAUCCAACUAAACAUCCAGGUCCACCAUUUUAUGUUCCACAUGCUGAAAUUGAAAAGUUGCUUGGUAAAAUAUGCAAUAUACAUUGUCUAGAGAAGGUUAAUGCUUUUGAAGAACGACAUAAAAGUUGGGGAAUUGACUAUCUUUUUGAAAAGUUGUAUCUACUUACAGAAAAGUAAAUGAGACAUAGAUAAAAUAAAAUCACAUUGACAUGUUUUUGAGGAAUUGAAAAUUCUGCUAACACCUGAAAAUGUAACAGAUUAAUUUUUUAAAUUGUUUAUAAAUCAUAUGAUAGAUCUUUACUAAAAAUGGCUUUUUAGUAAAGCCGUUUACUUUUUCUAAAAAAGUUUUAGAAGAAAAAGAUGUAACUAAACUUUUAAAGUAGCUCCUUAGGAGAGGACAUUAUGAUGUGGAAGAUUAUACCUGUGUGUCGUGCAGAUUACAAGAUACUUUACCAAUCAGCAUGUGUUACCUGUACAAUUAAAAAAAAUUUUAAAUGCAAUGCAUAUUAAAUAUAAUACACAC